AUGCGGGGAACUCAGGAUCUUCCUGUAAUUGAGGAAUCAGUGGUGUGUUGCCCCAGGCGUAAGCCAAUAGCUGAGCUGGAAGCAUGUGCCACAGAGUCAUCGGGUGCUGACUCACUUCCUUGUUGGAGAGAAGGGAGGUUCGAGGGGAGUGUGACGGAGAAGGCGGUCCCAUUUGCCUUUCCUGCAGCGCCGCCGGCGCCGACGGAGGAGGACCGGCUAUGGGGUCUGGUUCGCGCCAACUCGGGGGACUUCGAGUCCUGGGUCGCGCUCAUUCAGGAAAGCGAGAAGUCGGACAAGCUCGAGGGCCUGCGCGCAGUGUACGACACGUUCCUGGCGGAGUUCCCGCUGUGCUUCGGGUACUGGAAGAAGUACGCGGACCACGAGCAGCGCCACGGCAACAAGGAGCGCGUGCUGGAGGUGUUCGAGCGCGCCGUGGCCGCCGUGCCGUACAGCGUCGACAUCUGGCUGCACUACGUCAACCACCUCACCGCCACCGUUGAGGACCCCGAGGAGAUCCGCAGGCUGUUUGAGCGCGCGCUGGUGUACGUGGGGACGGACUACGUGUCGCACACGGUGUGGCAGAAGUACCUGGACUUCGAGGGCGCGCGCAGCGAGUGGAGCAAGGUCGCCGCCAUCUACACGCGCAUGCUGCAGGUGCCGCUGCAGCAGCUCGACCACUACUACCACGCCUUCCGCCACUUUGCAACGACACACACGCUCGACGAGAUCCGCACGCCCGAGGAAUCCGCAGCAGCCGCAGCAGAAGUUGCCGCCGCUGCUGCGGCCGCCCUCAAGGUGCAGACAGUUGUCCCCGCCCAGCCAGCAGGGGAGGACAGCACUGCUGCUCCAGGCGCAGAGGAGGCCAAGGAGGGAGAGGGUGAGGCUAAGGCAGCAGAAGGCGACGCUGCUGCUGCCGGCGCUGAUGCUGCUGCUGGUAUGGGUGCUGAUGCUGCUCCAGGAGCCGAGGCCACCAUGGCCGAUGCUGCUGCUCCUGGUGACGCUGCCACUCCCGCUGCCACUCCCGCUGCCGCUCCCGCUGCCGCUCCUGCCGCAGUCCCCACCCCCGCCCCGCCGCCUGCCUCCGCGCCUGCGCCAGUGCCAGUGGCGAAGACAGAGGAGCAGCAGCUGGCUGAGUACCUGGCGCUGAGGGACGUGAUGUACCAGAGCAGCAAGCGGCGCGAUGGGGAGAUAAGGGAGUACGAGGUGGUGAUCAAGCGCCCGUACUUCCAUGUGAAGCCGCUGGACGAGGCGCAGCUGAACAACUGGCACCGCUACUUGGACGUCACAGAGAAGGAGGGCAACAUCGCACGGACCAUAAACAUCUACGAGCGCUGUGUGGUGCCGUGUGCCAACUACCCCGAGUACUGGGUGCGCUAUGUGGAGUGCAUGGAUGCCAAUAACGAGGAUGAGAGGGCCAGGGACGCGCUCCUCAGAGCCACUGCCGUGUUCGUCAAGCGCCGCCCGGAGAUCCACCUGUUUGCCGCCCGGUACAAGGAGCAGCAUGGGGACGUGAAGGGUGCCACGUCAGCGCUGGACACGGCUGCAUCGCUGGCAGCGGGCCUGCUGGAGCUGACGGUGCAGAAGGCCAACCUGGAGAGACGACAGGCUGGUGUUGCGGCGGGGGCAGCAGUGCUGGAGGCAGCAGUGCAGGUGGAGAAGGAGAAGGAGGGGUCCAAGAUCCUGCCCUAUCUGCACCUGCAGCACGCUCGCUACCUGCUCACUGUGGGAGGAGAGGAGGACAAGGCUCGCGAGGCAUUCAAGGCAGCGAUUGACGCCGCACCUGACAACAAGACCAUCUGGCAGGCGGCCAUAUCCUUUGAGGCGUCGCUGCCGGGCGCAUCACCGUCGGUGCGCAUGGGGCGAGUGGAAGCGCUGGUGGCAGAUGCACUGGGCAGAGUCAAGGCGGAUAACACUCCGCUGCUCUUCGCUGCUGACCGCGAAGACAUUUCCACCAUCGCCGUGGAGCUAGCGGAUCUCUUUGGGGACACAGCAGCAGUGAAGCAAGCAGCAGCGCGCCACCGCUCCCUCUUCCCCUUCAAGCGCCCCACCGCCGCCGCCACCACCGCCGCUGCCGAUUCACGCAAGCGCACCCACCCAGACGGCACCUCCUACCCCGACCGAGCCGGGGGCUACAAGCACCACCGCGCCUCUGCCCCUUCCUCCAACUACUAUGGCGCUGCGGGCGCCGGUGGUUACGGUGGAGCAGCGGGAGGGGGAUAUGGGGGGUACGCGGGGCAGAGGCAGCAGGGCGCGUGGCAGCAACCGGCAGCUGCUGCUGCAACGCCGGCGUCACCUGCUGCUGCUGCUGCGGCGCCGGCUGCGGCUUCUUCGCCUGCCCAGCAGGGGCAAUGGGGGGCGUAUGGGCAACAGGCGUAUUCUGGCUAUGCUGGCUACGGCGGUUACUCUGCCGCCCCUGCUGCAGCUGCUGCUGCUCCUGCUGCGCCCCAGGCUGCUGCUUCUGGAUAUGGGGCGUAUGGGCAGACAUAUGCACAGGGUGUGAGGCACAGCAUGGUUACCGCCUCAACUACCGUUACCCGAGCAGCCCUUCAGAACGCUGAGCGCGUUCUCCGCCAAUGGCAUUCCGACACGUCAUCAUACGGCGGCGGAAGCAGCGCGAGCAGCCGACCCUCCUCCCGCAGCAGCACGCGCUCCGCGUCCUCCCAGACUCCCAGUGACACGUCAGCAGCAAGCCUCCGCCUAUGGGAAGGCUCGAGCGUCCACGUGGAUGCGUACCUGCAAGCCCUAGAUUCCGUCCAAUCCGUGAUCGACACGUGCGAGUCGGGCAGAUACGGCGGAAACAGCAGCGAAGCUGCCGAGAUGCUUCACCGAGCUAAGUGGUUCGCGGCCGCGGCGCGGCCGUGGUUAGAGCAGGGAUUUUGGUACGUCCUUAAAGCGCAUUCUAAGCCGCUAGAACCGGAGGCGGUUUACCAAGCCGCGUCUAAGAGCCGAACAGGCGGCAGCAGCGGCGGCAGCGCGAGGGGGUCCAAGGGAGGCUCGGACGGCGGACCGUACCUGAUGCAGCCCCAUGCUGCGGUGCAGGUUCGGGAGGUGGCUCGGCGGAUGGUGCAAGCUGGUUUGGGACAGACGUGUCUGGAGACUUACCGCGCAGUUCGGAAGCAGGCCUUAGACAGGACGUUAGAGCAGCUGGCAGCGGGGCAGUUCCGGCCGGAGGACAUGGGCGGCGUGCGGUGGGAGGCGCUGGAGGAGCGCGUGAAGGCGUGGAUGCAGUUUGCCCGCCUGGCCGUGCGCGUGGUGCUGCUGGCUGAGAGGCGACUCUGUGACUCCGUGUUCCAAGGGCAGGGCAAUCUAGCGGAGAUGUGUUUCCACGAGGUGGCGUCAUCCGCAGUGCGAUUCAUAUUCGCCUUUGCAGAGGCCUUUGCUCUCGACAAGCGCCUGGCGGAGCGCCUCUUCUCCAUGCUCGACCUCUACGAGAUCAUGGCGGGCCUCAGGCCUGACUUUGAUGCCGCGUGUAAAGGGGACGGCCCCUGCACGGGCUUCAGGGACGAGUUCACCCUGGUGGUGACUCGCCUGGAACACGCCAACAGCGCCAUUCUCACCCACUCUCUGCUCCCCUCCCCUCGCCCCUCCUCACCCCUCUUCACCCCUCUCCGUCUGAGGGACGACUUCACGCUGGUGGUGACUCGCCUGGCAGAAGCCAUCAACGCCAUUCUCACGCACUUUGAAACGGGCAUCGAGAGCGACGCUUCAGACAUCCCCGCCACCGCCACCAUCCACGGGCUCACACGCUACGUUGUCAACUAUGUGAUUCUGCUCUUUGAGUACAGAGAUUCGCUCACGAGGCUGUUUAAACGAGGCGAUGCUGCUGCUGCCGGGAAGAUUCACAAGCUGGUUGCUUCGAAGAAGAAGGGAGGGGGAGGGGGAGGGGGAGGGGGAGGAGGGAGGGAUGGGAGCGGGAGGGACGGGGGGAGGGGAGAAGGUGGGUUGGAAACGCCGAGCGCAUCGAGUGGGAGUGAGAUGAGUGGGAGCGGCGGGGAGGGGAGUGGGACCGAGGGGAGUGAGAGUGAGAGCGAGGAGGAGGACGAGGAGGAAGCAAGGAGGCGGGAGCAGGCAAGGAAAGAGGCGCGGAAGGGGUUCAGAGGGGCGGGGGUGCCGGAGUAUGCAGGGCUGGGGCGCAAGGUGGUGUGGCAGCUGGCGGUGCUGGAGGGGAAUCUGCAAGGCAAGGCGAGGCAGUACCGGGACCCUGCUCAAGGGGAGGUCUUUCUGCUCAACAACAUUCACUACAUGGCACGCAAGGUCAAGGAAUCUGACAUGCGCGUGGUGGUGGGGGACGACUGGGUGCGGCGACAGGCAGCGUUGGUGAGGCAGCAUGCCAGCGAGUAUCUGCGCUUCUGCUUCUCCCGCCUCUCCUACACUCUGCGCAUCGACCCCUCCACUCAGCUGCACAAGAGCACACUCAAGGAGAAAUUCAAGGCGUUCAACAUCCUGUUGGAGGAGAUUCAUCGCGACCAAACCCGGUGGCUUGUCAACCCGGGCCCGCUGCGGGACGAGUUACGACUGGCGGUGAAGCAGCGUGUGCUCGCGCCCUACACCGACUUUUAUCUCGCUUACAAGCAUGUCAUGGAGGCAUCGAGGCACCCGGGGAAAUACCUGCGGCAUGAUCCUGUGGAGGUUAACGAGAUGGUUCUGGACCUUUUUGUAGGCCCUCGAAUAGUACGCGCGGGGAAGCACAUGGGGCGGGGGGAGGCGGCGGACGGGGGCCUGCGCCGGCAGCAGCAGGAGCGCGCGAUUGCUGACGUCAUGGGGACGGGGGAGCUGCGCGCCGCUGUGGUCGACGUGGCACGCGCGCUCAUCGCCGCCGACGCGAACGACCCCGGCCUCCUUUUCCCCGCGCCGUUCUUCUCCGCAUCCGUCUUGCGCGGUUUCCGCCUUCCCUGCUUUACUUCCCCCCCCCCGCGCGCCUUUUUCCCCCUCUACAGCGGCGGCGGAGCGCGCGCAGCAGCGCAGGUUAGCGGCGGGGAGCGGCGGCGGCGGGCGUUCCGCAGCCUGUGGUUCGACUUCCCGUCCGCGCAGCCGCGCGAUCUGGCUGCGCUCGCUGCCGCUAUCAGCCGGUUCCUGUCCGGCCUCUCAUACGUUGCUGCAUCCGCGCUCAAGGCACAGCCGGGCGGAAGCAGCACACCCGCCAGCAACUCAGCUCCUGCAGCAGCAGCAGGGGAAGGAGGGAGGGAAGGACCAGUUGUGGCAGCAGGGGUGGGGGGAGGGGACACUGGGGCGGGGGAAGAGGAGCAGGGGGCAGCAGGCAAGCAGCUUGCAGACGCUGCUGCUCAAAUUUCUGCUUCUCUCCUGGUGACGCUGCCCAUAAACUGUUUCAAGCUGCCCGGCGACGCUGGAGUGAAGGCGUUCGCAGCUGCCCUCUCCUCCUUGCACCUCGACCCUCCGGAGCUUCCCGCCCCUCCUGCCGAGCCUGCUGCCGAACCUCAGUCAAAUGAAGCCAGAGCUUCGGGAAACGGGGCUAGUGUGACUAAUGAACCAGGCCCGGCAGUGCAUGAAGCAAAUGGAAGCAGCACUAUGGGUGCUCCUGAUGAGGUUCAUGGUGUGGUUGUUGACGCACAGGGGGAGGCAAAUGACCAUGCAGACUCAGACG